AUGGCGUUCAACGGCGACGGUCCCCAUUCGAAGCGACAAAGAACGGCCGCCGAUACGGCGAAUAACAGGGCAAAUGUGGAAUACAAUGCUGGUACCGAAGAACCGAGGCGAAAGAGGCCGGACGAAGUCAGACCCAAUCACGUGCUGCUAUUCACCAUCAUAAACCCCAUGUACCCCAUCACAGUGGACGUUAUACACACGAUAUGCCAGUCCAGCGGGCAGGUGUUGAGAAUUGUGAUAUUUAAGAAAAACGGAGUACAAGCUAUGGUGGAAUUUGAUAGCGUGGAAUCAGCGAUAAGAGCCAAAGAUGCGUUGAACGGAGCCGAUAUCUAUUCGGGAUGUUGCACGUUGAAAAUCGACUAUGCUAAGCCAGAAAAAUUAAAUGUCCACAAGAACGAUUCGGAAAGUUGGGAUUACACAGUUACAUUAUUAAAAGAAAGUACGAAUAACGGACGGCCGCAACCGCUUUUACAAGAACCCCACUUCGGAUCUCGACCGCAACCCUACAAUCCGUUUUCGGGCGAACAGGCGCGCCCCUUCGACGAGAUAUGUCCCGGCUACGGCGACACCUUUCCCACCGACGCCUUUCGCAAGGGCGCCACGACGGCCGCCGUCACCGGCGCCGAUCAGCGCACCGCCCAAUUCCAACAACCCGGCGCCGUCCUCAUGGUCUACGGUCUCGAUCCGUUGCGCACCAACGCCGACAAGCUAUUCAAUUUGAUGUGCCUCUACGGCAACGUCGCCAGGAUAAAAUUCCUGAAAUCGAAGGAGGGCACGGCGAUGGUGCAAAUGGGCGACAGCGUGGCCGUCGAGCGAUGCGUGCAAAAUUUGAACAACGUGACGGUGGGCGUGACGGGCGCCGUGCCGCUGACGCACCGUUCGAGCACCGGCGAGCCUAAACAGGAAGAGGACGGUGGCGUCGCGGCGCCGCCGAGGGAGCACAAAUUGCAAUUGGCCUUCAGCAAACAGCCCUAUUUGAGCGAGGUGACGAAUCCGUACCCGUUGCCCGACAAAUCGCCCUCGUACAAGUUGUACAUCAACAACAAGAACAACCGCUUCAUGAAUCCCGCCAUGGCGAGCAAAAAUAGGAUACAACCGCCGAGCAAGAUAUUGCAUUUCUUCAAUACGCCGCCGCAAGUGACCGAAGAGGAGCUGUUCCAAGUGUUCAAAGACUACGACGUGGUGCCUCCGAAGGCGGUGAAAUUGUUCCCGAUGAAAUCGGAACGGUCCAGUUCUGGACUGUUGGAAUUCGAAAAUACGACGGAGGCCGUCGCGGCGGUGAUGGCUUGUAAUCACGCCGCUAUCGAAAGUCCAGGUAUGAAGUUUCCUUUUAUAAUGAAAUUGUGCUUCUCGUCGUCGCGAAACAUGUCCAUAAAGAACGGGGAAAAUUCGGAGCAGGCGGAGAAACACGAAUAA